AUGAGGAUCGUUGGACUGACCGGCGGAAUAGCAAGUGGGAAGAGCACUGUUUCCAAUUUAUUCAAGUCUCAUGACAUCCCUGUUGUCGAUGCUGAUGUGGUUGCUCGUGAGGCUUUGAAGAAAGGUAGCGGUGGUUGGAAAAAAGUUGUUGCGGCAUUCGGGGAGGAAAUUCUUCUAGACAAUGGAGAAGUUAACAGACCCAGACUUGGCCAAAUCGUUUUUGCGGAUCCUGAUAAGCGUCAAUUUCUCAACCGAUUGUUGGCUCCUUAUAUAUCAUCGGGGAUCUUCUGGGAAGUUGGGAAGCUAUGGUUGAAAGGUUACAAGGUCAUUGUUCUUGAUGUCCCUUUGUUAUUUGAGGCCAAGAUAGACAAGUUCACGACGCCCAUUAUUGUUGUGUGGGUUGAUCCUGAAACACAGAUUCAGAGGCUCUUGGCAAGAGACAAGUCUAGUGAGGAGGAUGGCCGGAAUAGGAUUAAUGCUCAGAUGCCACUGGAUGAUAAAAAGAGUAAAGCUAAUAUAGUAAUAGACAACACCGGUUCACUAGAUGACUUGAACGAACAAUUCCAGAAGGUUUUGGUCCGGGUCACUGGACCCUUGACAUGGUGUGAAUUUUGGCGUUCUAGGCAGGGCGUCUCGAUCAUUCUUGCUUCACUUUCCUCCGGUGUUGUUCUAUGUGCAAAAGCAUUCAACAACAACACGUCAUAG